AAACCGGAUAAACCAGCACCUCUCGCUUCCCGUUAAGCCAUCUCUACCCUCAGCCUCUCUAUCACUCUCUCUCGGAAAAGAGAAACCUAAAAUGCUUCUGUUCCCGCAACCUCUCCCAAAUCGUUUUUCUUCAAUUUCCAUAACUUCUCCAAUCUUCCACCACCACCACAUCCUCCAACCACAACUCUCCGCCACUCCCACCACCACUGCCCUCACCGCCACAAAUCUCACCGACUCCUCCCUCCCUUACUCAAAACGACAUCACGAAACUUCACAAAAUGACAUCGAAGACUACUACAACGACGACGACGACGACAUUCUCCCUCUCCAAAGCCUCCGUUACGACUUCACUCCACUCAUCAACUACCUCUCCAACAAAAUUUCCACUUCCACCGACUCGGACUCCGACUCAGCCUCUCCUACAUCAUUAGACUCCACCGAGUUCCAACUCACCGAGUCAUACCGUGUAGUCCCUGGUCCACUCUGGCACUCCCUAUUAAAAUCUCUCUGUAGUUCCUCUUCCUCUAUUCCUCUCGCUUACGCUGUCGUUUCUUGGCUUCAAAAGCAUAACCUCUGUUUCUCUUACGAGCUGCUCUACUCUAUUUUGAUCCACGCACUUGGUCAGUCAGAGAAACUAUACGAGGCCUUUUUGCUCUCUCAAAAGCAAAAUUUGACUCCAUUAACUUAUAAUGCCUUGAUUAGCGCGUGUGCACGGAAUAAUGAUAUUGAAAAAGCGCUUAAUUUGAUAUGUAGAAUGAGGAAGGACGGCUAUCCUUCGGAUUUGGUUAAUUAUAGUUUAAUAAUUAGGUCAUUAAUGAAGAAUAACAGAGCAGAUUCUUCAAUUUUGCAAAAGAUUUACAGGGAAAUUGAUCGUGAUAAGCUUGAAGUUGAUGUGCAGUUAUGGAAUGAUAUUAUUGUUGGGUUUGCGAAAGCUGGGGAUUUAGAUAAAGCGUUGGAGUUUUUGGGUGUGGUGCAAGGAAGUGGAUUGAGUGUGAAAACUGCCACGCUUGUGACAGUGAUUUGGGGUUUGGGGAAUUGUGGUAGGACAGAGGAAGCGGAGGCAAUUUUUGAAGAAAUGAGAGACAAUGGAUUGCAACCGAGGACCAGGGCGUAUAAUGCACUUCUUAGAGGGUAUGUGAAAGCGGGUUUGUUGAGAGACGCAGAGUUUGUUGUUUCGGAGAUGGAGAGGAGUGGUGUUUUGCCAAAUGAACAGACUUAUAGUUUGUUGAUUGAUGCGUAUGGGAAUGCGGAGAGAUGGGAGAGUGCGAGGAUUGUGUUGAAGGAAAUGGAAGCAAGUAAUGUGCAGCCUAAUGCAUAUUUUUUUAGUCGGAUUUUGGCGAGUUAUCGGGAUAAAGGAGAGUGGCAGAAAACUUUUCAGGUUUUAAGGGAAAUGGAGGACAGUGGGGUGCGUCCUGAUAGGAUAUUUUAUAAUGUUUUGAUUGAUACUUUUGGCAAGUUCAAUUGUCUUGAUCAUGCCAUGGCUACCUUUGAUAGGAUGUUAUCGGAAGGGAUAGAGCCUGACACAAUUACUUGGAAUACACUUAUAGACUGUCAUUGUAAGGCAGGGAAGCAUGAUAGAGCGGAGGAGUUGUUUGAGGAAAUGAUGGAAAAAGGCUACUUGCCUUGUAAUACUACAUUUAACAUUAUGAUUAAUUCAUUUGGGGACCAGGAGAGAUGGGGCGAUGUGAAGAAUUUGUUGACAAAUAUGCGGAGUCAGGGUUUAUUGCCUAAUGCCGUGACAUAUACUACCCUUAUUGAUAUUUACGGGAAAUCAGGUAGGUUUGAUGAUGCAAUUGAGUGCGUGGAUGAUAUGAAGGCUGCAGGACUGAAACCAUCCUCUACUAUGUACAAUGCUUUGCUAAAUGCCUAUGCACAGAGGGGUUUGUCUGAUCAAGCUGUAAGUGCAUUUUGGGCAAUGAGGGAUGAUGGCCUAAAGCCUAGUCUCUUAGCUCUCAAUUCGUUGAUUAAUGCAUUUGGAAAGGAUAGGAGGGAUGUUGAAGCUUUCGUAGUGCUGCAGUACAUGAAGGAAAAUGAUUUGAAGCCAGAUGUGGUUACUUAUACAACACUUAUGAAAGCUCUGAUUCUUGUUGAGAAGUUUGAUAAGGUGCCAUCUGUGUAUGAAGAAAUGAUUUUGUCUGGGUGCACCCCAGAUAGGAAAGCCAGAGCAAUGUUACGCUCUGCUCUGAAAUACAUGAAGCAAACACUGGAAUAGUAGAUGAGAAGCCCAAGCUAUCCAGCCAUACAAAAUACAAGAUCGUUAUUACAUCCGAAGUUGCUUCCCUGUUCAAGGAAAUGCUUCAUACGUGCAUCCCCACAUAACUUGGAAAGGGUUUCUGCUUCAGGAGCAAAUGAUUGUCUGCAUCCAUGAUGAAGAGUUACCUACUUGAUAUCAAAACACAGGAUUUGAGGAAACCUCCUCCCAACUGUACAGUUCUUAACAUUCUUGUCACAGCUCCUGAGUUGUAUUCUAUAAUUGCAUCAGUUCUAAUCAUUCUUUUAUCCUAAUGGAAAUAUAGGUACUGCUAUUCAAUUGAA